UCCCGUAGCCCCCCUUUCUCUCUCCCCUGCUCCCUCGCUCCCCACCGUACCCUCUCCCUUUCUCUUUUACUCUCUUUUUCAUCCUCACUCGCUCCAUAUCAGAAGCGCGUCGAGCGGUGACCGUGUGGGGACGCAAGAAGCCAAUGCAAUGAGGACUCAAUAAUAGAUGCAAAUUAUCGUGAAAGGACACCGCAAAAUAUGAAACAACUCAUUUUCAACGGAGUAAAUCACAGAAAACUGUUUGAAAACUGGCUCCCUGCACCGGAAUUGUGAUGCUGGAUCUUUUGAGUGGCGCUUUAUCAGUGGAAGCUGAACAUCCGUGGUUUCAAAGAAGCUGUAAAAACAAGAUAUAAAAUCAAAAGUCAUCCUUUGAUUGGAAUCAACGCAGAUUGUGGUAUUUAUAUUUUUUCAUUUAGAACCACCAGGUGUGACCACUCUGGCUCUGGCUUCUUCAUUGACACAAAACAAUCAACUAAUUCCCCUCCUCAAAUAAAAAAAACAUCGACUGCAGAAAAAAAGAUGAGCUCUUAUUUCGUCAACUCACUCUUCUCCAAAUACAAAAGUGGAGAAUCGUUACGCCCUAAUUAUUACGAGUGCGGUUUUGCGCAGGACCUGGGAACUAGACCCACCGUCGUGUACGGUCCAGGCACCGGGGCAACUUUCCAGCAUGCGCCACAGAUCCAGGAGUUCUACCACCACGGCGCGUCUACGCUCUCCGCUGCUCCUUACCAGCAAAGCCCCUGUGCAGUGACUUGUCACGGCGAACCGGGCAACUUCUACGGUUACGAUGCUCUGCAAAGGCAAACUCUCUUUGGCGCUCAGGACCCCGACCUAGUCCAGUAUAACGACUGUAAACUCGCCACGGGAGGCAUAGGCGACGAGACAGACAACGCCGAGCAGAGUCCGUCCCCAACGCAGCUCUUCCCCUGGAUGCGACCGCAAGUAGCUGCCGGACGCAGGCGAGGACGCCAGACUUACAGCCGCUACCAGACGCUUGAGCUGGAGAAGGAGUUCCUCUUCAAUCCCUACUUGACGCGCAAGCGGCGCAUCGAGGUGUCGCAUGCCUUAGGACUCACCGAGCGGCAGGUCAAAAUCUGGUUCCAGAACCGCCGAAUGAAAUGGAAAAAAGAAAACAACAAGGACAAGUUUCCCAGCAGUAAGUCAGAGCAGGAGGCUAUUGAAAAGGAAAAACGGGAGAAGGAGCAGGCCACUGGGGCUCAGUCGGCAAGUGAAGACUGCGAGAAGACUGAGCAAAUAUAAAGGAGGCAUGGAGUGCAUACAGCAAUCAGGAGAUCAAAACUAAAAAAAGAUAUAUUAAAAAGACGAAAUUUAACAAAAUUGACACUUCAAUCCGCGACGGGUCUUUAAUAUUUCACUUGAAUGAAAAAGACGAGAGAUUGUGGAAAGAAAGGACCUUAAAUCUCAUGUGUGACCACCGAACUUUAUGAUGACGAACGACAUGAAGCAUUUCUACGUUUUUUCCCUAAUGUCCAGAGAGUAGGCCUAUUAUUAACUAGCCUCCUUUCUUUGUGGAAUACUUAUUGUGAAAACUCCGUUUCUAUUGUUAGAAUUUUGACAUUAACAAUUACCUUGGCAGCUGUAUAGUUCUUAAGUUAAAUGGUGCACUUUUAACUGUUCUCACUUAUAUGUUAUGAUGAUUAUGUAGCGAUUAAUGACUUCCAACAACAUGAAACUGCCUAUUUAUGCCGUAGAAUAUAUUUUACACUACUUUAGUUUUCUCUCAGAUUGAUGUUAUUUUGUUGUCUUUCUUUCUUGGGUUAAGCAUGCGCACAGUGAAUAAAAAAAUAAAAAAUGAAAAUAAAAAGAUGUCAUGUGACCCAUUGUUUACUGUGAAACAGAUUUUGUACUGUAUUCGUGAAUUGGUUUUUGGGAACUUACGAUAUGCUUUCAUUGUUCAUCAUCACUUUGUUCUCUUGUCUAAACCUGAAAAAAGACAAAAAACGGGCACAAUAAAGUUUACAAGCGAGAAUCAUGACAA